GGAAGAGGAAACCCCAUCCCUGCGCAGAGGAGGAAACCCGACAGCCCAGAUGUGCACAGAGCACCACAGAUAGCGUUUUACCCGCUGCCUUCUCCCUCCUGUCUGCAAGCGCAGGAGUCGCUCCAGUGGCCGCAGGCACGGCCUGCCCCACGGCACUGUGAACAGCGGGGCUGGCACGAGGCUGCAGCACAGCCCUGGCACAACCAUGGGGCAGAAGUGCAUGGAGAAGGUGUCCUCCUUCCUCUUUGAGUAUGACACCCCCCGGAUGGUGCUGGUGAGGAACAAGAAGGUGGGACUGACCUUCCGGCUGAUCCAGCUCAUCGUCCUGGCGUACAUCAUCGGGUGGGUUUUCCUCUACGAGAAGGGCUACCAGUCUCAGGACAGCAUUGUCAGCUCAGUCUCAGUGAAGCUGAAAGGCCUGACGCUGACCAACGAAAGUGUCAUGGGCCCUCACAUCUGGGAUGUAGUGGAUUAUGUCUUCCCACCCCAGGGGGACAACUCAUUCGUGGUGAUGACCAACUUCAUUGUCACCCCUGGACAGAAACAAGGAACCUGCCCAGAGCUGCCGGACGCUGGGCUCUGCGCAAGGGACAGCGACUGCACCAAAGGCAAAUACAGCCGCCAGGGACAAGGGCUCAUGACAGGCAAGUGUGUGCAUUUCAACAUCUCUGUGAAGACCUGCGAGAUCUUUGGCUGGUGCCCUGUUGAAGUCGAUGACCAUGUUCCCAGCCCUGCCCUGUUGUCAGAAGCAGAGAAGUUCACUUUGUUCAUCAAGAACAGCAUCACCUUCCCCAGGUUCAAGGUGUCCAGGCGCAACUUGGUUGAGAGCGUUACCAAACAGUACCUGAAGAAAUGCACCUACCACAAAGUCACUGAUUCCUUGUGCCCCGUGUUUGACCUGGGAUACAUAGUGAAGGAAUCGGGUCAGAAUUUUACCUUCCUGGCUGUUAAGGGUGGAGUGGUGGGCAUCACCAUAGACUGGAACUGUGACCUUGACUGGCCCGUCCGGCACUGCAAACCCAUUUACCAGUUCCAUGGCCUUUACAAUGAUGACAGUAACGUUUCACCAGGCUUCAACUUCAGGUAUGCCAAAUACUACAAGGAAAAUGGGGUGGACAAGAGGACACUCUACAAGGUGUUUGGGAUCCGGUUCGACAUCCUGGUGAACGGCAAGGCAGGCAAAUUUGACAUCAUCCCGACCAUGACCACCAUUGGCUCUGGAAUUGGUAUUUUUGGAGUGGCCUCUGUCCUCUGUGACCUGCUCCUGCUGCAUUUUCUCCAAGGACGGGACUAUUACAAGCAGAAGAAAUUCAAAUACGCAGAACAGGAGCCUUCAAAGUCACAUAAGAAGGAAAAGGAGCUGGACAACGCACAGUGAGAGAAUCCACAUUGACUGACAGACCUGCACCUUCUUCUUCCUUCUCCUCUCCUAAAACAUGGUCAUCAUCCCCUGUCACCACCCUGCAUCAGCUCCAAGACCAGCAGGAGCAGCAUCUGACACCAGCUCAAGUGAACAUGGCACCCUGCAGCUAGGGCAGGGUCCGGCCGGCCCAGCACCCUGCCUCUGGUGGGACGCACUGCGAUGCUCAGGGUGGGUUAAGCUAAAGGACCCUCAGGGCCCUCCAACAGCCCUGCUGCACCCUGCCUCGUGUGCUGGGGCCGUGCCAGGGCAUCCUGCACCCGAAGCCCCUGGGAGAGCAUCACUGCCUCUCUCCUUCCCCAGCAGCACUCUUGGACAGCUCCAAAUUGAGAAGGGGAAGGAAGGAGAGCAGGCAAGAAUCAUUCCCAGUCCCUCAGCAUGGGAGAAAACUCGGUUAUUUUGUAAGGAUGUAUUUUAUUAAAGAAAAUAAACCUUUAGUUUUUUUACUACA